AUGUCUAGUCCUUACAGCCGACAGACUCCACACUUUGCUCCUCCGGAUACACAUUACGGACCUAUGUACGAACGCUCAACCAACUUGUUCGAAGCUGCGAUGUACGCUCGGGCAUAUCAAGAAUCUAUCAAUCCGGAGCCAGCCGAACUCGAUGGAACGGAUCCGCAGCAACCCAUUCUGCCAAACGACUACGUCAAACCAGAGUCGCAAACAGAGGAGCCUCGGAGGAAAGUUUUGAAGCUUUCUGCUUUGCACGAGGCGCUCUUCCUCGGCGUUGUACUAGCAGCACAAUUCAUGGCCAUGGCUGGGUUGGGACAAGCCACAGCUCCAGCGGGUGUUAUGGCCAAGAGCUUGAACGCGGUUCUACCAGCGCAGCGAAUGUGGUUCACGGCAGCUUAUGCCAUGACUACCGGCAUCUUCAUCCUGAUCGCCAGUCGCAUCGGUGAUGUCUUGGGUCAUAAACGGAUAUUCAUCUUUGGCUACCUAUGGCUAGGCGUAUGGUCUGGCUUUGCUGGCUGUACAGCGUAUAUCGGUCAACAAGCACCAUUCGAUUUCUGCCGGGGCAUGCAAGGCAUCGGCUCUGCUAUGCUGAUCGCCGGAGCAUUCUCAUUGCUCGACCGAGCACAUCAUCCCGGCAUGAAGAAAAAGAUGAUACUUACAGUCUUCGGCGCGAUGGCACCGUGUGGGCUGGUCUUCGGCGCCGUCUUCGCCAGCAUCUUCGCACAAUGCGCUUGGUGGCCAUGGGCUUUCUGGAGCUUUGCGAUUGCAAGCUGGACUCUGAGUACGCUCGCUCUUCUUGUCAUUCCCGAAUCAUUGGUGCACAAUGCUCAAUUCUUCGACAUGGAAGACAGACCAAGCAUGGACUGGACAGGCUCGCUACUAGGUGUUGUCGGACUGAUGCUAGUGGCUAUCGGACUCAAUAAUGCACCUGUCUUCGGCUGGCAGAAGCCACACGUGGUGUUCCUGCUCGUGGUUGGAUUAAUCUCCUUCACCGUCUUCUUCUGGAUCGAGUCACGGGACUUGUAUCCUCUGAUUCCAGUCAAAUCUCUAAAUUUGACAGUACUGUGGAUUGUGGUCAUGCUUGCUCUGGGGUGGACUUCCUUCGGGAUCUGGCUGGUCUACUCAUGUCGCUAUCUCGUGGAGCUACGAGGCCAAACGGCGAUCGCAGUCGCUGCUGGACUCAUCCCGUUACUACUUGUUGGUAGUAUAGCUGCGGCUGUCGUGGUCUACAUGGUCCAACAUCAGCACUUGUCAUUUGCGCUCUUAAUGGCCCUGCUAUCGUUCUUCGUGAGCGAGAUCAUUGCCGCCGCGCAGCCGAUGCGCCAAAGCUACUGGGCUCAGACAUUCAUCUCUACUCUGAUUAUGCCCUUCGGUAUGGUCCUAAUAUACCCAACUAGCAUAAUUCUGCUUUCCGACAGCUUGCCUCCGGAGCACCACAAUCUGGCCCCGGCUCUCGUCAACACAGUCGUCUUCUACUCCAUCUCCCUCGCACUCGGUAUCGCUGGAAGUGUCGAGGUCCAAGUAAACCUCAACAAGACUGAUACUGUGGAUAUGAAGUACGGCAUGCUCUGCGCGAAGUACACAGGAGUAGCGCUUGCUGGCUUCGGGCUCAUUCUUGGAGCACUUUUCUUUGGCAAGCGGGUGAUAAGAGACGGAUGGCUAGCAAACAGAUGA